CUCUCUCUCUCUCUCUCUCAACUGUUUUUGGAUUUUUUUUUUUUUCUUCUCUCUCUGUCUCCCCUUUUGUGGCCGUGAAUCAGUGGUGGCGCUACCACCAACCACCACCUCCAACCACCGUCUAGGGCCCAGAUUUGGGUCACUGAUCCAAUUUUUAUUCACUGUAUCCCUAUAUCUGUAUCUAUCUCCACUCUCAUCCCUUUCUGUUUUUUCCCCCAAUAAAAAUCAUUUGCCAAACAAAAUUUUCUAAUUUACCCAUUUUGCCCCUACCCGUUCUCAUUUUCUGCCCUUGGCAAAUACCCUCCGACGUCUUUUUCCCUUAUUCCAAAAAUAUAUUAUAAAAAAGAGAAGAGAGAGAGACUAUCAUACUUUGUACAUUUGGAAGUUCUGGUACAAUUGAUGGUUUGGGAGCUGACGUGGCAUGCAUCGAGCGAGGCAUGAGUACGGCAACAACGAUGAUGAGCAAUCAGCACCGUCGAUUAGUAACGCCUGUUGUGGGCGUGGUGGGCCCUCCGUCAAAUAAGCGCAAGGAGAGAGACGGUUUUAACGUUCCAAAACCGUCAGUUAAGAAGCCAGCUAGGCCCGCUAUCCCCGGCUCGGAGUCGCUGGCUCCAAAAAAACCGCCUGAGCCGGAUUCGAGUAAUCAGCUCCUAGCCGGGUACUUAGCUCAUGAGUUUCUCACCAAGGGUACUUUGUUUGGUCAGCAGUGGGAUCCGGCUCGAGCCGAGGCAGUGGCUGUGUCAGCCGAGUCGAGGAGGAUGAAGUCGGUGGCUAGUUGUAGCCAGAGAGAGAAAGGGAAAGCCGAGCCGCGGGUGGAGAAGUAUGAGAGGUACGUAGAAGUAGCAGAUCUACUGAAGACAGAUGGGGCCCACUUGCCAGGCGUCGUCAACCCUAGCCAACUCGCUCGUUUCCUACAGAUGUGAUGCGUACUCUCGCACACGUGGAACAAGCUCAUUGGUAAUCAGCCCGCGGGACAUCUUUAGGUCAGCCCAGGAGCCUUUUGCUGGACCCGUUUUGCUGAGUCACCCGAAGUGACUCUUUUGUUUUACUUUUGGGAAAUCCAUGAUGGCAUGUUCGUCGGUAUUUGGGGAGAUAGAUAUAUGUAUAUAGUGUCAAUACUUAACUCUUGGGUUGUUACCCUUUUUCAAAUUCAGUGAAUGUGAAUGGUGUAUGGUAUGUUAUGUACUUAUGUAUGGUAACGCAUUAAGAUCCUGGCAUGUAGACACAGCUCAAUGGAUGUUUUGUUCUGCUAUUAUUUUUGCUUCCGUUCA